GCUCAAGAAUUGCCUGUUGGUUUUGUAGGUCUAGGAAACAUGGGUGGCCAUAUGGCCCGUAAUCUUCUGAAGAAGGGCUAUCCUGUGGUGGCGUAUGAUGUGUCGAAAGACGCACUGGAGGCUCUAAAAAAAGAUGGUAAAAUAUUUAUUGAUUGUGCAUCAAUUUUACCGAUUGCUUCUCGGCUCAUUAAAACCACCAUGACAUCUGGUUUAAAGGUGGACAUUGUAUCAUGUAGCUGUUUCCAGUAGCUGGCGGUACCAAAUUCAAAUUACCGACCACUAAAACUAACAUAUGAUAAAUCACACUAUAUUAUUUUAAGCACAUGAACUGUUAUCAGAUGGCAGAAACCAGCUUUGUGCAAAAUUAAUAUUAUAUGUUAGUAUUAAUUCACUGAAUUAUUUUGGUAACAUUAUAAAAAUUAAAAUGAGAUAAAUGCACCUGAUACAUUUAUCUUUGACAUUAAUUCCACAUUUUACAACAGCAGAAAAAUAUAUCAGUUGAACUCUAAUUAAAAAUAUACCACAUUCAUUGACCUGAAAAAUUUAUGUAAAUCAAUUUAUAUUUUUUAAAAGGAUAUGGAGAAUACAGUUUUUUUUCUUACAAUAGCUUCUGAAAUUUGAAAUUAUAAGAAAGAUCUAUUUUUGACAAUUUAAACAAGCCAGAUGCUCACUGCUGUUGAAAGCAAUAAGUUAUCUUUCAACAAGUAUAUUACUAUAAAUUAUAGUAAAUAAUUGCCUAUAGCAUCACAUUUAUUAUAGAGUAAUCCUUGCUAUCCCAUCAAAAAGGUAGUUGAUUGAUAUUUAAAUUAUAUUUUUAAAUCAGAUAAAGGCACUAUAAUUUCAGGCAACAUAAAAUACUGAUUUUUAAGUCAUGGUUCUAAUUUUUUAAUAUUUUUUUUUCUCGAAAGAAGACGGUUUUGAGAAGUCAUGAAUACAUUUUUUCUAACUCCAGGUGCUGUUGUGGCGGACUCUCCUGCAGAGGUGGCAGCAAAUGUUACCAGACUUGUCUCCAUGCUGCCAGCAAGUGCGGAGGUUCAGGAAGUUUAUGGGGGCAAAAAGGGAAUCUUGAGGUGAGUUGGGGUAUUUAAAUUUGAAUUUUGCUGUCAAAGAUGUGAUAUUCUACCAGUGAACUGUUGGUAUAAUUUUACAUACCGUACCACAGGAAGUCAUGCACACAUAAAGUGUUACAAAAAUUAUGUUACACUACUUUAGAAAUAUACAUUUUUGUGACUGGAUUGGGCAAAAUCUUUUGAGAUGAGGUCAGAAAGUCUUUGCUUAGGCUUACACACCUCUACCACUAAACUAAAGGCAAUGCCUAAUAGAUAUGUAUGUUCCGUGAUCUUAUGCAUACCUAUCUGAACUUUGAAAAUAAACAUAUUCACAAUUGCUUCAAAACCAAAGCAGCAAAUUAUUAAGUUUAAAGGCAUGGUAAAUUAAUUUUUUAAAAGCAGGACAAAUUAGCAAGUGUAAAAAGCAAGGUAGAUUGUUAUAAAAGUGUUGCAAGUUUUUUUAAAUUUAAAAGCAUGGUAAAUUAAUUAUUUUAAAAGCAGUCAAAAUAUUUGUGUAGCCAUUUACUUGAAUAUAUUUACCGUCUCAUAUUUCAGCACCGUUAAGAAAGGGACACUGCUCAUUGACAGCAGCACUAUAGAUCCCUCAGCAUCCCAAGAAGUGCAUGCACUGGCACAAAAGCAAGGUGCAGUUUACAUGGAUGCCCCAGUGUCUGGUGGUAAGAACUGUUUUUGUUUUUUUUAAAUCUUAGCUGUCUAAAACCUAAGUGGGCAAUUUUUUCCCCAAAAUAUCUACAGUUGUGACAAAUAAAAAGUACAGUUCCCUCACACCACACGGGCAGGAAAUUUUAUUAUAAUGUAGCAGACCGGGUUUUUAAACUACAAUAACAACAUAUAAGUAGGCCUAUGCACACAUUAUAAAACUGCUUAUUAGGAUUACUUGAUGGGUAACAAUGAAAUUUUGAUAAACUUUAAUAUUUUAAGGAUAACUUUUUAUUGCACUACAAUAUUUACCUAUAAAAAAAAAUGUGCUCUUUUGGUCAAAACUGACUUUGCCGCAUGUGUCGGUUGGUUAUGGCGUUGCCCAAAACGGGUCUUUAGAUAAAUUAUAAUCUAUGAAUGUUUUUGUAUAACAACCAAACAAAUGGUUCAGUGACUUCAAUUAAGGAAAAGCACUUUGUUGUGUUUCUGUUUUGAUUUAACAAAAAACUUAGUAAACUUUUGCUGCUAUGAAAAUCAAUCACCCCCCCCCCCCUCCUUUUUAAAAAAAUAAAUUUUAUCAUCAGGUGUAAAUUAACAAAUGGUUUCGUGACUUCAAUUAAAGAAAAGCACUUUGUUGUGUUUCUGUUUUGAUUUAACAAAAAACUUAGUAAACUUUUGCUGCUAUGAAAAUCAAUCCCCCCCCCCCCCCCUCCUUUUUAAAAAAAUAAAUUUUAUCAUCAGGUGUAAAUGCAGCAAGAGAUGGAGUCCUGACCUUUAUGGUUGGAGGACCUGAGACCAGCUUCCAACAAACAAAGGCUUUGCUAGAUCAGAUGGGAAAAAAUGUGGUUUACUGUGGUCCAGUUGGAACAGGGCAGGUAAGACAGUUUCCACAAACUUACUAGUGAAUUAAACCAAGAAAUUUUUUUUUAAUAUAAACUUGAAAGGAGAAAUUUUACUGGAUUUAUUUUUCAAAUGGACAUUUAUACCACCAUGGAAUUUUAUACAUUUACAUACAAGUUUUGGCUUUGGUUGAAGGUAAACUUCAAAGAAAGUGUGCUGUUAACUUAUGUCACUGAAGGUAAACCUCAAACAAAAAUGUACCAUUAACUUAUGUCACAGAAGUUAAACUUCAAAGAAAGUGUACCAUUAAGUUAUAUCACUGAAGGUAAACUUCAAAGAAAGUGUACUGUUUACUUAUGUCACUGAAGGUAAACUUCAAAGAAAGUGUACUGUUAACUAUGUCCCUGAAGAUAAACUUCAAAGAAACUGUACCAUUAUCUUAUGUCCCUGAAGAUAAAUUUCAAAGAAAGUGUACCGUUAACUUAUGUCACUGAAGGUAGACCUCAGAAGGUAGACCUCAAAGAAAGUAUACUGUUGACUUUUGUUCCUAAAUGUAAACUAUGAAGAAAGUGUACUGUUAACUUAUGUCAGUAUGGCAAGGGACCCAAAAACUGAGCAUCAUCAAGUUGUUUUCUCACUAUCACAGGCAGCUAAGAUCUGUAACAACAUGCUCCUCGCUAUAUCCAUGAUUGGAACUUCUGAGACAAUGAACCUAGGCAUAAGGUCAGUGUCUGCAAUGCUGAUAUGCUUGCAGCAGCAGAGUUAGGUUGAGUGAUGGUUUAAAUGGAAAUGUUUCAUCUUAUCAGAAUUUCAUUUUUUUUUCCUUAAAAUGAUGAAGAAUAAGCUUAAUUUUGUUAAUUAAAACUGGUUACAGCAAUGAAUAUUUAGAGUUAUGUCUUAUUGGUUCAUUCUAAACAGUAAAAUGCUUGUGUUUUUACUAUUUUUUAAUGUGUCUCUCUUAAGACUUGGUUUGGAUCCUAAACUUCUGGCCAAAAUCCUAAACAUGAGCUCCGGGCGGUGCUGGUCUAGUGAGGUAUACAACCCCGUACCUGGGGUAAUUGAAGGUGUACCAUCAAGCAAUGGCUACAAGGGGGGCUUUGGCACAGCUCUUAUGGCUAAGGUAAAAAGGGAUUUAAUUUCAGUAUAAUACCCCGUCACUGUGGUCAAUAAAGCUGUCCUAUUGAGUUAUUGCUACAAUGGAGGUUUUGACGCAGCUCUUAUGGUUAAGGUAAAAAUGGACUAUUUUUUUAAUUAAAAAAAAAAAAUUCUCCAAAAUAUUGUAUUUUUCCGAACAGGACUGUUCAUCUGGUUGUUUUACUCAAAUCAAACAAGAAUAUAUAUAUUUUUAAAAUGACGUUUAAUCACCCGUGAGAAUUCAAAAUCAUAGCCAUAUCAUGACGACUCCCCAACCUUUUUUUUUCUUUUCUUUUUCCAGGAUCUUGGCCUGGCCCAGAAUGCAGCCACCACCACUAAGAGCCCCACACCCCUUGGCUCUCUAGCUCACCAGAUUUACAGGACCAUGUGUAACCAUGGCUACAGCGGUAAAGAUUUCUCCUCUGCCUUUUUAUUCUUACAGGAGCACGACAAGAAAAAAUGAGCAAUUUUAGGCUUUAGAAUUUAGUCAAAUGGGAGAUUUAAAUAGAGUGGGAAUUUAUCGUGUUGAUGAAGCUGCUGUUACGGGAUAGUUUCUUAAGAAAUGAAAAUAUGUUCAUAUCAGGAUGUGUCUUAACUUCUCAUGGCUAUAAAUGGGG